UUCUUUUCGCCUCACAAAUUAUAUCGAUUUUCACUGGCCGUUCUCCUUUCUCGGAUACCGGAAUCUGACCGGAAAAAUCACCAAGAUCCCAACUUUCAAUCACGCUGACAAAAUAUGGCUGGAGGGAAAAUCAGAAAAGAGAAGCCAUCGCGUGGAGGCGGUGGUGGGUCAGCGAAUCACUAUCAAGGUGGUAUAUCGUUUCAUAAAUCAAAAGGGCAGCAUAUUUUGAAAAACCCUUUACUGGUUGACUCGAUUGUUCAGAAAGCUGGGAUUCAUAGUACUGACGUCAUCCUUGAAAUUGGUCCUGGAACUGGUAAUCUUACCAAGAAACUGUUGGAAGCUGGAAAGUCUGUUAUCGCCGUUGAGCUUGACCAACGUAUGGUUCUUGAGCUGCAGCGUCGUUUUCAAGGCACCCCACACUCUAAUCGACUCAAGAUUAUUCAAGGAGAUGUGCUCAAGUGUGAUCUUCCGUACUUCGACAUCUGUGUAGCUAACAUUCCAUACCAGAUAUCAUCUCCUCUUACUUUCAAACUAUUGAAUCACAGACCUUUAUUUAGAUGUGCCGUCAUUAUGUUCCAAAGAGAAUUUGCCAUGAGAUUAGUGGCUCAACCUGGUGACACCCUCUACUGUCGUCUUUCAGUAAAUACCCAGCUCAUGGCCAGAGUCUCUCACUUACUAAAAGUUGGAAAAAACAACUUCAGACCUCCUCCAAAAGUCGAUUCAUCUGUUGUCAGAAUUGAGCCUAGAAAACCAGGCCCUGCUGUCAACUUUAAAGAAUGGGAUGGGUUGGUCAGAAUAUGUUUUCUUAGAAAGAACAAAACCCUCGGUGCACUCUUCAAGCACAAAAGCGUGCUUUCAAUGUUGGAGAAAAAUUACAAAACCCUUCAAGCAUUACAACUUUCUCAGGGUAAUGAUAAUCAAAUGGCAACUGAUGCAUCUGUUCUUGGAGAUUCUGGUGAGUUGGCAAUGGAGACUGAUGACGAAAGAGAUGAUGAUGAAGAUGAUGAUAUGGAAAUGGAAAUGGAUGAUGGCGAGACAAAGGGGUCAGAUUUUAAAAGUAAAGUUUUGGGCGUGUUGGAAAAAGCAAAAUACGAAGACAAGAGAUCAUCGAAACUUUCACAGGAAGAUUUUAUGCAUCUGCUGUCUCUAUUCAACGAAGCUGGUAUACAUUUUUCUUAAACUGGGCUCUGCAUAUUUGCAUUCUCUUACGUAUUCAUCUGGCCUUUAUUUAUAUACCUUAAUAGACUAAUUCCUUGUUGUUGGGAUCUUUUGAGAUAUCAUUUUUGUUAACUUAAUAGGAAUCGUUUACAUUUUUGUGUGCAUGAAAUACAAAUCUAACAAGAUAUAAGUUUUGGAUCCUUCUAUUUAGCCUUUUGAUAUGUCAUAAGCAAAGAAUGAGGAAUGAUUUUGUGGAUAGGAUGUAAGGUUGCAUUGUGAGAGUAAAUCCUGAUGUAAUAUUGGUUUAUGGGGUUGCUUGGUGCUGUGAUGAUAAAUCGCUGGACCCUGGAUAUUGGUUCUUUGAGUUUGAGGCUUUGAGCAUCUGAAACCCAGUAGGAUUGCUCAAAUGAACCCACGAUCCUCAAAUUUUGCCGCCAAAUCUCAAGUUUGCAGGCUAGGUUUAACUAUUUAAUGGAGGAAAUUCGAUUCGAAAAGCUACAAGAAAAAAAAAACUUGCAAAUUUUGAAAACAGGUAGAGAAAACAAUGUGAAUUUUACUCCAUUUGAGAGAGUGAGAAAUCUGUGUCAAAGCCCCGUCCUAUGUAACUAUGUCAGGCCGGUGGCUAUAGCCUAUAGGUCCAGUUGCUGGUCAAAGUAAUACAAAUGUAUUGCAGGAAUAUAUGAUCAUUGUGUCGCUGUACCACAUUUUCUUAUGUAAUACAAGUUUUAUUUCUAAGUU